AUCUGUCAUAGUCCUUUUGGUAAGAGUCUUCUCAUUUUCCAGAACAUAAGAAAUAAAAUCAAAACAGAAUUUCUCUGUUUGAUAGUGUUCUGCUUCAGUUGUAUUGUUGUUAUAGAUCAGAAAAAAAAAAAAGUUGGAUAAGCAUUUCGUUCCAAAAUCAUGCAUAAUAGCUCGGUGAUUGCAGAGGAUAACUGAUCCUGUCAAGACUUAUCUUUUCAGUAUAUACCUAAAAUAUGCCCUCUAAAUACAAUGCAGAAGCUUUGAUCAUAACUUCGUAAAAAAGAAACAAGCCAGAAAGCAGCAAUAACUACAAGAAUAAUACCAAUGUUUUUUCAGAAUGUCCAUUUUAAAUAGAGUCUUGAUAUUAUGGCAAUGUUAUUCUACAUAUUCACGAAUACUGGUCAACUUUUGAAUAUUUCAAUUACUGGAAUUUGCAUAAAGCUCCAAAACUUGGCUUUGUUCACAGCGAAGAAGUUGUGGAGAACUAGAAAGAAGUGAGCUCAAACCUAUCCAUGUCUUAGACAUUCACGCAGACACACAUUAUUAUUCCACCAAACCAUUAUGCAGUAGUCACUGUGAUAUAUAUAUAUAUAUAUUGGUGACACUUAAGACGAAUUAACGCCAUAACUUAUUUUGGCACUAUAGGUCUCUAUAAAUAGCACUUUGUUCGCAGUUUCAAUCACAAACACCCUUAUGAUUAAGGUGGCUAAUUAAUAUGCUUUGUAAAAAUAGUUUCUACAACUAGAAUCCAGCCACCCCUUUGUUCUUGAAACCCUGGAAACAUGGACUCAGCUAAUUCCCAUGUAGUAGCUGUUAAACCACUUUCCAGAUCUGUUCAUACUAACAAACCACUCACUUCGUUGUUCAAGAAAUCUGUAAGGCGAAAGUGUUAUGCUUUCACCGGAGCACAUGAGAUUUUCAGACCAGAGAUGUGGAAAGCAGCUUUAACAGAAUUAACAGCAACUGCAUCUCUAAUGUUCACCUUGACGACUUCCAUUGUUUCAUGCUUGGACUCACACGGGACGGAUCCUAAGCUUCUUGUUCCCUUUGCAGUUUUCAUGAUAGUGUUUCUGUUCCUACUGGUCACAGUUCCUCUCUCCGGGGGCCACAUGAGUCCCGUUUUCACAUUCAUCGGUGCUUUGAAGGGUGUUGUCACUCUCACCCGUGCUCUCAUCUACGUCUUAGCACAAAUCAUUGGCUCAAUAAUUGGUUUCUUCAUACUAAAAUGCGUCAUAGACCCCAAAUUAGCCUACACAUAUUCCUUGGGAGGUUGUGCCAUUGAUGGACAAAAAGUGAGUUUUGGCAUUAAGCCACAGAACGCUUUGCUUGUGGAAUUCGCAUGCACAUUUGUGGUACUCUUUGUGGGUGUCACAUUGGCGUUUGACAAGAAAAGGUCUAGGGCGUUGGGCUUGCCAAUGGUGUGUUUGGUGGUGGCAGGGGCCACGGCACUCGCAGUGUUUGUGUCCAUAACUGUAACUGGGCGGGCCGGGUAUGCUGGUGUGGGCCUCAACCCAGCAAGAUGCUUGGGCCCGGCAUUGCUUCAUGGAGGGCCACUCUGGCAUGGGCAUUGGGUUUUCUGGCUUGGGCCUUUCUUGGCAUGCAUGGUGUAUUAUCUUCUGUCUAUGAACCUGCCAAAGGAGGAUUUGGUUUGGCUUGAGGAAGAACAUGAUGUUUUUGAUACUUCUUUCUCAAAGAAUCUGCCAGAACAAUGCAAUGCAGGGUUCCAACUCCAAGUCUGAAACAAAAUAUAUUUUGGCUGGUCAAUUUGGUUUGACACAACCAACAUUCAAACCAUGGCAAGUUUUUGUUGUCGUAUUUGGAGUGAAGAAAUUAAGGAGCUGUAUAAAAUGAUUAUUUCAGUUCAUGUUUUUGGUGUUUAUCUUAAUCCUUUACUCUGAAUGUUUGCUCCAACUAUUUAUCUGAGAGAAUGUGAAAAGGUUUAAAAUAUUAAAACUCUCCACAGAUACAACGAAAAAGCUUAUGGCGUUAUGGAAUAAACCUUUUGAUCCGAGGAAAAGUAAAAAACCAGAGAGUCCCAGUGACAGAGGUGUUUCGUUUGCAGAAUCAAAGAAUAGUU